UUGAAAAACGGGUCCAUAACAUGUAAUGAUGACAAUGAAGAUGUUGAAAUUAGGUACGCCAAUCAAGUGAAUUUAGAGCCCAAGAACCUACAACCCACUGAAAUACCCACAGAUCAAGUUUCAGAGCCAUUAACAUUCCUUGAAAGUGACAAUGAGCAGCCAACAGAUGGACCAUCUGUAAUUAAUCUUGGUGAUUUUGUCAGCUCAGCUGAAAGAGCCUACAGAUUCCUUGAAACAAAUGACCCAAAUUCAAGAAUUAUAUCAUCUAUUUACAAUUUUUUUGAAAUCGUGAGAACGUAUCAGGAAAACACAAAAAAAAUAACAACUGAAAUAAGAGGAGAAAACGAUUCCAAACCAGUGCUGACACUGACCGAACUUCACUACAGCUCUAGGAAACCCAGGUUCCAAAAUGAUUUCAGACGCGAUUAUCAAGCUAAGUGUUUUGACACUACUGUCAGUCCUCGCAAGGCCAACAUCUUGUCUUCCAGUCCAAGAACUUGACACCACGUUUUCCCUUUUAAAAGCACCUAUAAACAUAAAUAACCCAUUCGCACCUUUAUCAGAUUUGGAUGAAUUCUGUAAGCGAUUUCUCGAAUGUUGGAAACAUCCAAGUGUGGUUAAAGUGAUGGAGAAAGUUCAUAAGCUGAGAAAGGACGUCGAGGAUAGCACACAACGUAUACUGGAGGGAAAUGCAGGGAAAAAUACAUUGAAAAAACUUGUGCGAAAUGAGCUGUUGUUGGACCACUUUAAAUACGGAUUGUGUGUCAGCAAGGCAUGUAAAGAAGCGAUGGCAAAAUUUGACGCUUGGAAAUUAUCAAUGGGCAGUGGGAAAGUCCAUAAUAGAUGGGGCCGUAAGAGGAGAGAUACGGGUAAAAUCACGGCACCCAAAAGCGUCGUUCCGGAAAACUCGAUGUUCAAUACCCAAAAACGUGGACUAAGUUUGGUGGACCAGUUUGUUUUGCUGAGAAAAUGGGCAAGACACAUUAUUGGUGAUAAGCGAUAAUUUAAAGACUUCGACCUGAACUUAAGAGUGGCGUGGUCUGUAGAUUAAAGAGAGCAGCUAUAUAAACAAUGAAUAAUCAAGUAUCAUGAUUGAUUAAUCUCAUCGUAUCAUACUAAAAGUAAACAAUUAAACCAUAGAGUUUCUUAAUAUUUAUAUAUUGAUGUUCGAAAUAAAUAAUAAAUGUAUUCUUCUAAUAAA